AUGUCAACAAGUGAUGAACAAGUAUCAGGGACUCACUCAAAACCUGUCAAUUCAUCAUCAUCUGCGACAGUAGCAAUGUCAUCGACUAAAACCAUGCAACAACUAUUGAAUGAAAUUGAGCAAGUUAAUAUCGAUGCAAAAGAGAGUAUAAAAACAUUCGAAAAAAUUGAUACUAGACCAAAGAAAGCAAUUACUAAUCGUGAUCGUUCAGUAGAAGGUCGAAGAGAAUUAAAAACUCUAACAGAACGUAUCAAUCAUCUUGAACAACAAAUGAAUGCAAUGACAAAAGAAUCAGAUCCAAAUUGGCCGAUAAAAAAAUUUGAUAAAUCAAAACAAAAUGCAUUAAAAACUUUAUCCGAUCUUUCAAAUAAACUAAAACAAGUUGAUAAACAUCUUGAAAAAGCAACUGAAACAACUCCUGUCAAUGAUCAAUCUUCUGUUGUUCCAACUACGUCGAAUCAAAAUGAAAAUGCAAUAGGAUUCGGAGCAUUUUUAAGUAAAUUUUCAUUCAAUAAAACAAAGAAACCAGCAUCAUCGACUACAGCUGUACCAAAGAAACCAUCAUCAUCAUCAUCGGAAUCUACUGAUGAAACAACAAGUGAUGAAGAAGGAAGUAAAGAGAAGAACGAUGACGAUAAUCAUACGGCAAAUAGAAAACAAAAAGCAUCAAAUACAUCUCGAUCAGCAAGUAGUACAGAAUAUUCUAGCGAUGAAAAUGAAGAUGAUGUAAACGAGAAUCGUCAAAUAUCAAAUGAAAUUCAAAGUAAAAAAUUACAAGAUGAUACUUCAAAACAUCGCGACACUAAUGAAAGUUCAUCACAAACAUCAUCAUCAUCAUCAAGUACGCAUAAACAACUACCAAUAACUAAAGUUCCAUCAACACGAUCAUCACUACCAACAGUUAGAAAAACGACUAUUGCAUCAACUUCAACUUCAACUUCAUCAUCUCAUGACAAAGCAUUAAGUCCACAAGAGCAGAGGAUAAAAAAUGAUGAUGCCAAUCAAGAUGGUUCAUAUGGGACAGAAGAAGAAGAAGAAGAAGAAGAAGAAGAAGAAGAAGAAGAUGAUAAUGAUAAACUUAAAAGACUCCAGAAGAGUAGCAAAGAAGAAAAAUCUCCUUCUGAUGAUGAACAAACAGAAGACGACAAAUCAACUACUGUUAAUGCACAUCUACAAGAACUUCGUAUGGGAACAUAUUCACCAGGUACACGAUUUCGUGUUUUACAAGAUUUAGAAGCUCUUCAAACUGGUGAUUUAACAAUACAUAAAGGUGAAAUAUUAAUACUUGUCCAACAAAAUCCUGAUGAUUGGUGGUUAUUUAAAAAUCUUCAAACUCAAGAACAAGGUACGGUACCUAUUAAUCAUAUUCAACUUCAAUUUGGAACAUCAGAUAAAAAAUUACGACGUCGAAUAAAACAAAUUACAUCACCACCAACAUUUGUCGAUGCACUUAAAACAAGAAAUUAUAUACCAUCAGGUUUUAUAGUAUCAGAUUUAGCACCAUUAACUCAACAUAAUCAAUAUAAAUUAUCACAUACUCUUAUACCAAAAAUGAGUGAAUCGAACUUUACUUUUACUGAUCUUAAUUGGCGACAUGAUACAGAUCAGAUAUAUCUUGAAGAAGUUAAAUAUCAAAAAAUUUUAAGAAUUCAAAAAUGUUCAAAAAUACCAAGAAUCAAAGGUCAACAAGUUAAUGUGCUUUGUCGUUGUAUUCGUAUAUGUCUAUACGAUGGCUUUAAAAUAAUUUCUAAUAUUCAUGCAAUUCGAGCACACAUAUCAAAUAAAAUCGAUGAACGUGAUUUAACUGAAGAUUGGUGUUUUGCAGUCAAUAAUGAAAAUACAUUUAUUGAUGAACAAGCUAAAUUACUUAUACGUUCAAAUGAAUUUGAUCCAUCUAAACAUUUACAUUUACUUAUUGAAUUAUCACAAUUAUGUCAAUUAAAAGACAAUAAUGAAAAAUGUGAAAUUGGUUGUGGUUGGAUAAUGAUACCAUUUGAUGAUGAUCAAUUUUCAAUGAUAAGUGAAAAAAAAAAAUAUAAUGAACUUUUACAUGGUGGACAUUAUGAUGAAUUGAAUAUUCUUCUUGAUUCAGAAUAUAAAAAAUUUUCUAUGGAUGGUUUAUCAGGAAGAUUUAAUCGAAAUAAACAAGCACGUAUUCGAUUUUCAUUAGAAUUUCGUGAAACACAUAUUGAUUUACUUUAUGAUAAUUUACCUGUUACAUCUAUGAUUGUACCAAUAAAUUUAAUACGAAUACUUUUUUUCUAUCGUAAUGAACUUGCUUAUCAAUUAGAAAAACGUUAUCAUUCAUAUAAUUUAUCAACAAUGCCACUUGAUUCAAUAUUUCUUAGUACAUUUUAUCAAACACUUGAACAACCUGAUCUUAUCUAUACAUUAAAUAAAUUAUAUCUACCUAAAGAAUUAAAUUAUCGACAACAAAGAGAAGAAUUUCUAAAUAUUUAUGAAUCAUUUAUUUAUCCACUUUUAUAUCAUUGUAAAUUAUCAUCGUAUGAUUUUCAAAAUGAAUCAAAAAUGAAUGAACGAAGAAAAUUAAUUAAAGAAAUGAUCAAUAAACAAUUAGCAGCAAACAAAAAUCAUAAACCUGAUAUUCUUGCAAUAUUACUUGAUUCUACAUUAACAGAUCAAUGGAAACCUUUUAAAACAGAUGAAAUUUGUUUUUCAUUACAAAAAAAUUUUUAUAAUAUUACAUCUUAA